AGACCUGCCUUCUCAGACGUCGUAGGAAGGACGUCCCUAGGAUUCCCAGUCUACAGUUGCCUGUAGUGCAGUGCAGUGCCAGUUCGUUUCUUUCAUGUUAUUAUUAUAUUGAGAAACAUAUUCAGUUUUUUCCGCGAGUUCGUUCACAUCAAGUGAUUUGGCUUCCUUGAAAAUUGUAAGAAAUAAGAAACUACAAUACCCACUCCAGAGCUGGAAGAGAGUGUCGCUCGUGAUUAGUUUCUUAGUUAGAGAUAUUAUCAACUAAUAAAUCAAUCGAUUACCUAUAUAUAAUACUAUAUUAUAACUAAUGCCAGAGUUGCCGGAACGAUAGUAGUGAUACGGUAUUUACCUACUCAUAACACAGUGAUCAGAAGUCAUUUUUUGACUUUAAAACAUGAGUGAUAGUGAGGAUUUUCAGAAUAUCCAUUAUCACUCUGGUUAACAUGGAAAUGGAGAGUGUAUUUUAGGUUCGAUAGUGAAACUCGGAAGUGAGUGAAAAUGUUGAAAUUGAGAAGAGGUCGGUGACAGAGGGAGUGAGAAUAGGAUGACUUCUAGUAGUGUGAAGAAAGCAAUUGGUGGAAGCAUUCACCGAAUCAGAGAGUUUGAACUUGAAAAAGUGAAUCUGGCUGAAGAGUUCGACAUUCUUCAAAUAGUGGGUGAAGGAUGGUUCGGGAAGAUCCUAUUGGUGGAACACAAACAGUCAGACUCGGAGAUGGUGUUGAAAGCUCUUCCAAAGCCAUACAUUUCAAUCAAAGACUUUUACAGAGAGUACCACUAUGGUUUGCAUCUAUCAGCGCACAGGAAUAUAGUGACUACUUAUGAUGUUGCAUUCGAGACUGCUGGCUUUUAUGUGUUUAGUCAGGAAUAUGCUCCCUUGGGAGAUCUCACGUCCAAUGUGUCGGACAUUGGAAUUGGAGAGUUGCACACCAAGCGUGUCGCAAAACAGCUAGCAGCUGCGUUGGAGCACCUGCAUGCCAGGGAGCUGGUGCACCGAGACGUCAAACUGGACAACAUUCUAGUCUUCCGGUCGGACUUUUCUCGCAUCAAGUUGUGCGACUUCGGAGAGACGCGCCGCAUCGGGACGGCAGUGCGUCGGCGGAACGAGUGGCUGCCUUAUGCGCCGCCCGAUGUCCUUCUCAUCAACAACGACGAUACAUACAAAGCGGAGACGUCGCACGACGUGUGGCAGUUUGCGAUAGUGAUGUUCGUGUGCCUGACGGGCUGCCUGCCGUGGCAGAAGGCGGCCUGGGACGAUCCCCGCUACGCGCGCUACGUCUACUGGCACUCGAGCAACAUGCCCGUCCUCAUGCACGUGCGCGUGCCAAAGCUCUUCAAGCUGCUGUCAUCGCGCUGCCAUCGCUGGAUGCGCAAGUUCCUCGAGCCGAGGCCUGACAAGCGGCUCACCUCCUUUACCGACCUCUCCAAAUAUCUAGACGAUCGCUGGCUCAAAGCUUCACUUGAUCGACAAAACGACUCCGGGUAUGAAGACGAGAGUCUGUGCCCAUCGAUGUACAGCUACCACAGCAGUUUGGAGGAGAAGAACAAGCUGCUGGCAACACUGGCCGAGUACGGCAUUGAGACGACGGUGGAUCGAGUGGCAAAGAAGGACAGAAUCCGCGACUGGAUCCAAUCCAGUGUGAUAGCUGAGGGUGAAGAGGAAGAGGAAGAGCAAGAGCAACAACAAGCAGAACGCCCUCAACCAACUGGGAGGUCGGUGGCGACCAACAAUUCAUCAUCAAAGAAAACAACCAUUUCCAGGCGAACGAUGAAAGAAGGCAGCUCGUCUGCUGGCACUAACCAGACUGAAGCAACAUCCAGCCGUUCAGAAAGCUACUGAGAAAAUAUUUGUAUGGAGAUCAAACUCCAAUAUGCAGGCUGUAACGAAUAAUUUUAUGUCGUCUCAUUUCCUUCUCACUCAUAAAUAUGCUGUAUUUGGAUGUCAAUAUUUUUUGAAGUGGGGAAAUUAUACUCACGUUUAUAGACGACGAUAAUUUACAGUUUCCUUCGGUGAUGUGGACAUAAUCAAAUCAUGAAAGAGACUACCAUCAAAAGCUUGAGAAGAGAAAUUCUAUGAGAUGAAGAAGAAGGAAUAAGGAAAGUCAAUAUGUAAAGGAUUCAAAUGAGUUUAUAUAAUUAAGACAGAGUAUGUGAGGAAGAGUUGAUUCGCUAAUUGGACAUAUUUGAUUGGUUGAUAUGUUGAGCAUACAAUUCUAUGAUAGAGCUUGUAUGAUUGGAUUCAUAGUUGAAUUUACUUUCCACCGUGGAUCCACACAAUAAUGCAGAUAAUACUUCGAGAGAAAGAGAUAAUAUUGCUUCAAUCUAUAAACUCCAUAAUAAGGUGAUUUGAAACUGAUUGAUACGUUGUUUAAUGCUGUCUAUCGAAUUAUGUUAGUGUGUUCAAAGACUACAAUAAUAUACAGGAAUGGAUCUGAAUAGAAGAAUUAUGAUGGUGGAGAAAUGAGCUAGACGAUAAGAAGAGGAAGUGGCCGGCACUGGUCUGUUGAUGUGAACAAAAAGUUGAAAUAUGUUAACAAAACUUUCAGCCAUAACACAAUUUUAUUUUUUUUAAAUAUCAUGAGAAGAUUUUUUCUUUCGUCGUUAAUGAUGAUUUCAAAAUGUAUUUUUAGACACACAUACAAGUAAUUUGAUACAGAGAUUAACAAAACGAAUACAUGCAAACAACAACAACAAUACACAUUAAAACAAAAUAAAAAGGAAGUGGUGCAUAAAAAAGGGUGGAGGAUUGAAGGGUUUUUCCAACUAUGGAUAUCCAUGUACUAGGAAAAGUACUACUAGGAUAGUACUGAGAGGGAGAAAUUUGCAUUUAUCUCUGUGUUUUUGACCAGAUGAAGCUUGACGUUGGGAAUACUCUAUUGAUAUGAAAUUUUGAAAAGUCAAGGCCCAGUUAAUCGUAGACUACUUGGGGAGUCCGGUCCCACAAGGUGUCAAACUAUCAAUUCGAUAACUGAGAACUUCUAUCAAAUUUAACCGUGAACCACAGCGGAUUAAUGACGUAAGUUAGAUUAUGACACUGAACCACGGUUGAAUUUAGUAGACGUAAAUUCAACGGGGAGAAUGUCACAGAAAAAAGAUUGAUAGGCUAAUGCAUUUUUCUGAAAAUAGCUGACCAUAUUCGAUUGAAAAAUAAGGAUUAAUGGAUAAAUUAUAUGAGCGUGAUCAUAUAACUUUGUACAGAUAUAAAAGUGAAUAUUUGUUAUCAUUGUUUUAUAAAAGUGAGUGGAUAUUAUGUAAUAAUAAUAUUUUUUAUUAUCUACUAUAGAAUUACCAUAUCAAUGUUCAUGUUGACGUGUUUCUCAUUUUUGCUUGUCCUUGUGUAUUGGACGUUGUGAAGCAUAGUUUAUGAGUGAAAAAAUUGAUUAUUUCUAUUAAACUAUAUAGAGAUCAUGGAAUUUGUCUUAUUGAGAUAUUUAGAAAUGUUCUAUCCCGAUGGUACGUGGGCGGACAGAUCUCAGCCAGGUCGCACACUCAACUUCAGCGACACCUUCCAACCUAAACUAAAAGGUUCAAACUGAAUGUGAGUUGUGAGUUAUGUGAAAAUGAAAUAGACUGUCCAUCAUUUAAAAUGAAUAUGAUAAGACAAAAAAUACAGUCACGUAACAGGCACAAUAACAUUUAAUCACAAUGGAAAAUAAAUCAAACAAAAUGUUUACCGAGUAGCUGUGCUUUUCAAUAAUGGAGAAAUAUAACAUGGAUGAUGGUUGUUGGGAACAUUAAAUUAUAAUAAAUAUUAAAUUAUAUCAUACCUCACACAUCUCUUAGUAAAGUAAUUAAACAUUGAUUUUUUUAAUAACUUGAAGAGUCUUACAAGAUUACUGCAAAAUUAACAGAUCUGAGUGAAAAAGUAAAAACGUAUUCUAUGCUCUAACAAACUUUCAACUGCAUAGAUUGAUUCUGUAAAAUUAAAAAGUAUUAAUCACAACUAACAAGAAUAAGAGUUGAAUUGAGAUCAUAUCUCAUACAUAUAAUGGAGCUCUCUGGCUGUGUUCAUAAUGCUGAGGUAUUCUAAGCAAUCUUCCAGAUUGGCAUUCAAAAGCUUGACAUUUUUAUUGUUGUAGAUAAUGAUUGUAUCAGCUUGGGGACUAUCGGUAACAAUAAUAACAGUUUUGUCAUCAAUGAAAAAUUUGAUUUUUUUCUUUAUCUUUGAGGGUACUUUAUCCAAUAGCUGAUGGACUUGCGGUCUUUUCAAGAUACUGAUAUUUUCUUCAGCCAGCCGUUUUCUUCUAUCUUGUAGCUCUUGAGCAAGAAGCUCGACAUUGAUGCUGGAAGCACAAUAGCAAUGAAUAUAUAAUCAUUCAUUACAUAUAUUAAAAUUAAAAGGAUUGUAUCAGAAUAAGAAAAGAUAGAAUGAGAAUGUGGAAUAAAACUACUGAAUGUCAAUAGAUGAGUCUUCGCCUUAUGAAUCAAUACACAAGCAUGCACAUUAAUAAUACUGAUUGAAAGAGUAAAAUAGGUUCAACUCAAAACUGUUUCUCCCACGAAUUUUUGUGAAUAACAAUUUCAAAGAUUGAGUAAUACUUUUACUGCAUCGAUUCUCGUUACUCUUUGAAUAUAGUAACUGAGAAGAUAGUAGGCCUAUAUCAAACAUUACUGAUCAUUGGACUGAAUUUUACAUGAAUAAAAUAAACUGUGAACAAAUACAACCAAGUUGUAACAACCUCAAUCUUAGUAAAAUACGGAAACUAACAAAAUGAAUAAAAUUGUUGUAAAAUAAAGUUUUUAUACUUACGAUUCAACUCUUGGCACCAUUUUCGUGGGAAGAGUAGUGAUCAGUUGCGCCCACAGCACAGAACCAAUGCCAAAGAAUACACACCACAGCCACUGAUCGAAUGAGAGGCGUAUAGUAGAGAAUACUUCAUCACCAAACUCAACGAUCAGCACCU